CCGGCCCGCCUCCCGCUCCGCCGGCCCGCCCGGGAUGAGCGGGCUGCGGCGGCUGUUCCGCGGCAGCGGGCGGGCCUUGGCCUUGGUGUUCGCCGCCUCGGUGGCCUGGCUGCUGCUGGACAUGGCCGCGCUCCGCCUCUCGCUCGGCGAGGCGGGCGGGCGGCUGCUGCGGGAGGCGGCGGGGCGCGGGCCGGGGAUGGGGCCGGGGAUAGGGAUGGGGAUGGGGCCGGGGAUGGGGCCGGGAACGGGGAUGGGGCCGGGGAUGGGGCUGGGAACGGGGAUGGGAACGGGGAUGGGACUGGGGCAGCCCGGAGCAGCCCCCGGCGGGCGCGGGGCCGGGGCCCCGGGGCCAUCCCCCCCUCCCCGGCAGCCCCCGGCCCCCGGCGGGACGGGCACGGCGCCGCCCGGAGCCCCCGGGAACCGGCAGCGCCCCUCGGGCACGGCGGGACGGACCGGAGCUGCGCCAGGGGAGACAGACACGGGACGCGGAGAAAUUCCCCCCGAAACUCGCUUCGUCCUCAUCAGCGAAGGGGGAAUGAGCCCCGCAGCCCCGCGCCGCGGGCCCCACUCUGCGGGGAGCGCCACAGCCAGACGUGGAAAGCACAAAGAGCUGGCUGGCAAGGGCAGCGAUGGUGCCCACGCUGAGACUGCCACUGCCGGGGCCACGGCCGUGGGUGGCCCGAGCCGGACGCUGGGUGCGACACCGGGAGCAGCUCCUGGAGCGGCUGGCACGGGCCAGGAUGGACAGGAGCAGAAGGGAGCAGCUCCUGGAGCGGCUGGCACUGGCAGGGAUGGACAGGAGCAGGCAGGAGAAGCUCCUGGAGUGGUUGGCACUGGCCGGGAUGGACAGGAGCGGGCAGGAGAAGAUCCUGGAGUGGCUGGCACUGGCAGGGAUGGACAGGAGCAGGCAGGAGAAGCUCCUGGAGCAGCUGGCACUGGCAGGGAUGGACAGGAGCAGGCAGGAGAAGCUCCUGGAGUGGCUGGCACUCACCAGGAUGGACAGGAGCAGGCAGGAGAAGCUCCUGGAGUGGCUGGCACUCACCAGGAUGGACAGGAGCAGGCAGGAGAAGCUCCUGGAGUGGCUGGCACUCACCAGGAUGGACAGGAGCAGGCAGGAGAAGCUCCUGGAGCAGCUGGCACUCACCAGGAUGGACAGGAGCGGGUAGGAGAAGCUCCUGGAGCGGCUGGCACUGGCGGGGAUGGACAGGAGCAGAAGGGAGAAGCUCCUGGAGCAGCUGGCACUCACCAGGAUGGACAGGAGCAGGCAGGAGAAGCUCCUGGAGCGGCUGGCACUCACCAGGAUGGACAGGAGCAGAAGGGAGAAGCUCCUGCAGCGGCUGGCACUGUCCGGGAUGGACAGGAACAGGCAGGAGCAGCUCCUGGAGCAGCUGGCACUCACCAGGAUGGGCAGGAGCAGGCAGGAGAAGCUCCUGGAGCGGCUGGCACUGACCAGGAUGGACAGGAGCAGGCAGGGAGCCGCCCCGGGAUGCACAGAGUCCUGUCCAUGGAUGCAACACUCGCCCCAAGAGACCCCCGAGCUCCAGGCCAGUUUGGACAUCCUGUUGCUGUCCCUGAUGAUAAACAAGAAGAAGCAAAAAGUCGAUGGAAAGAAGGAAAUUUCAAUGUCUACCUCAGCGAUCUGAUCCCUGUGGAUCGAGCCAUCACCGACACCAGGCCUGCCGGGUGCUCUGAGCAGCAGGUCCAUGACGACCUGCCGACCACCAGCAUCAUCAUGUGCUUCGUGGACGAGGUGUGGUCCACCCUGCUGCGCUCCGUGCACAGCGUCCUCGGCCGCUCUCCCCCACACCUCAUCCAGGAGAUCAUUCUGGUGGAUGACUUCAGCACCAAGGAGCACCUCAAGGAGCCGCUGGACGCGUACAUGUCGCGCUUCCCCAAGGUGAAGAUCCUGCGCCUCCGGGAGAGGCACGGGCUGAUCCGGGCCAGGCUGGCGGGAGCCCAGGUCGCCACAGGUGCCGUGCUGACGUUCCUGGACUCGCACGUGGAGUGCAACGUGGGCUGGCUGGAGCCGCUGCUGGAGCGCAUCCGCCUGCGCCGGACCAAGGUGGCCUGCCCCGUCAUCGAGGUCAUCAGCGACAAGGACAUGAGUUACAUGACCGUGGACAACUUCCAGCGCGGGAUUUUUACUUGGCCAAUGAAUUUUGGAUGGAGACAGAUUCCACAAGAGGUCAUUGAGAAAAAUAAGAUCAAGGAAACUGAUAUAAUAAGGUGCCCCGUCAUGGCAGGUGGCCUGUUCUCCAUCGACAAGAAGUAUUUUUCUGAGUUGGGAAUGUACGACCCAGGACUGGAUGUCUGGGGAGGGGAAAAUAUGGAGCUUUCAUUCAAGGUCUGGAUGUGCGGAGGAGAGAUCGAGAUCGUUCCCUGCUCCAGAGUGGGGCACAUUUUCAGGAACGACAAUCCCUAUUCCUUCCCAAAAGAGCGGGUGAGGACGGUGGAGAGGAACCUGGCCCGCGUGGCAGAGGUGUGGCUGGACGAGUACAAGGAGCUGUUCUACGGGCACGCCUACCACCUGCUCCUGAGCGCCGUGGACGUGGGCGACCUGCGCCCGCAGAGCCGGCUGCGGGAGCAGCUGCGCUGCAAAACCUUCCGCUGGUACCUGCAGAACGUCUACCCGGACCUGGAAGCGCCCCUGGUCAAAGCCAGCGGGCUGCUCAUGAACGUGGCCCUGGCGGGGUGCAUCGCUGUGGAAGGCACCACGCUGGCUUUUCGGGAGUGUGAUGUUAACAACCCGAACCAGACGUUCAACUACACCUGGCUGAGGUUGGUGCAGCACGGAGAGCUCUGCCUCGCCCCGGCCGGCGUGCUGGGAGCCGUGGGCCUGCGCCGCUGCCAGGGCAGGAGCCGCAGCCUGGCCUGGCUCCACAGGUCGCUGGCCGCUGCCCUGCCAGGGCUGGCCGAGCACCUCAUCUCUGAGCAGCAGCAGCAGCAGCAGCCCCCGGGGCCGGCGUGCCUGGAAGCGGCUCCCUCGCGCAGAGCGCUGCGGGUGAAGCGCUGUGACCCCGGGAACCCUCACCAGAAGUGGCGGUUCGGCCGGUACCACGCCGACUGAGGCCAGCCCGGCUGCAGGGACACCGCUGCAGCGGCACCGCUGCAGUGACACCGCUGCAGUGACACCGCUGCUGUGACACCGCUGCAGGGACACCGCUGCAGCGGCACCGCUGCAGUGACACCGCUGCAGUGACACCGCUGCAGUCACACCGCUGCAGUGGCACCGCUGCAGUCACACCGCUGCAGUGACACCGCUGCAGUGACACCGCGGGCGCAGCGGGACAUCGGCGUGGCUGAUGGCAGCCACCAAGAGGGAACAGCAUCUCCAGUGGAGCUGGAACCCGUGGUGUGACACCGGAGCGUGGGGGAAUCCAAACACCCAGAGCAGCACGGCUGCUGCGGCAGGGCCUGAACGGACCGGCAUCGUUUUCCCUCACCGUAGGAGACUUUGGGAAAAACUCAUUUUCUGUAUUAUUAAAUGGAAAUAUUUUUUGAA